GAAAGAGUUAAUUGCUUUUAAGGCCCUGCAAUAGAGAAUUAUGGUUUGAAAGAUAGAGGCUGGACAGCUGGGUUUGCUGGGGUAUUUUUAAAUGCAUUAAUGCAGGCUCCAAUCACUCGGCCAUGCUUGACCUAUUUUUGGCUCAGGCCGACCAUUGUUCUAUUUCUGUGCCUGUGGGCCAUGCUGUUGUUGAUUCAUAUGCAAAUGGAUUAUCACUAGCUUUAGCCAACUUGAGCUGAGAGAGACCAGAGAGGGGGAAGAGACACACACAGAUAGGAGAAGGGCACCGGCUGAAGCCACUUGCAGGACUGACGGUUCUUGCAACGAAACUCUAGCAGCCUGAGGAACUAUAAGCCAGAUGGGGUGGCGGGACGCGAGCAGCUCUUGGCUCAGCAGAGAAUGCACAGUAUGAUCAGCUCAGUGGAUGUGAAGUCAGAGGUUCCCGUGGGCCUGGAGCCCAUCUCACCUUUAGACCUAAGGACAGACCUCAGGAUGAUGAUGCCAGUGGUGGACCCUGUUGUCCGUGAGAAGCAGCUGCAGCAGGAGUUACUCCUUAUCCAGCAACAGCAGCAAAUCCAGAAGCAGCUCCUGAUCGCAGAGUUUCAGAAACAGCAUGAGAACUUGACACGACAGCACCAGGCUCAGCUGCAGGAGCACAUCAAGGAACUUCUAGCCAUAAAACAGCAGCAAGAACUCCUAGAAAAGGAGCAGAAACUGGAGCAACAGAGGCAAGAACAGGAAGUAGAGAGGCAUCGCAGAGAACAGCAGCUUCCUCCUCUCAGAGGCAAAGAUAGAGGACGAGAAAGGGCAGUGGCAAGUACAGAAGUAAAGCAGAAGCUUCAAGAAUUCCUGUUGAGUAAAUCAGCAACAAAGGACACUCCAACUAAUGGAAAAAAUCAUUCCGUGAGCCGCCAUCCCAAGCUCUGGUACACGGCUGCCCACCACACGUCAUUGGAUCAAAGCUCUCCACCCCUGAGUGGAACGUCUCCAUCUUACAAAUACACAUUACCAGGAGCACAAGAUGCAAAAGAUGAUUUCCCCCUUCGAAAAACUGCCUCUGAGCCCAACUUGAAGGUGCGGUCCAGGUUAAAACAGAAAGUGGCAGAGAGGAGAAGCAGCCCCUUACUCAGGCGGAAGGAUGGAAAUGUUGUCACUUCAUUCAAGAAGCGAAUGUUUGAGGUGACAGAAUCCUCAGUCAGUAGCAGUUCGCCUGGGUCUGGUCCCAGUUCACCAAACAACGGGCCAACUGGAAAUGUUACUGAAAAUGAGACUCCCGUUUUGCCACCUACUCCUCAUGCUGAGAAAAUGGUUUCCCAACAACGCAUUCUAAUUCACGAAGAUUCCAUGAACCUGCUAAGUCUUUAUACCUCUCCCUCUUUGCCCAACAUUACCUUGGGACUUCCAGCAGUGCCAGCCCAGCUCAAUCCUUCAAAUUCACUCAAAGAAAAACAGAAGUGUGAGACGCAGACACUCAGGCCAGGCGUCCCUCUGCCCGGGCAGUACGGGGGCAGCAUCGCGUCAUCUUCCAGCCAUCCUCAUGUCACUUUGGAGGGAAAGCCCAACAGCAGCCACCAAGCUCUCCUGCAGCAUUUAUUACUGAAGGAACAAAUGCGACAGCAGAAGCUCCUUGUGGCUGGUGGAGUUCCCUUACAUCCUCAGUCUCCGUUGGCAACAAAAGAGAGAAUUUCACCUGGCAUUAGAGGUACCCACAAAUUACCCCGUCACAGACCCCUGAAUCGAACCCAGUCUGCACCUUUGCCUCAGAGCACGUUGGCGCAGCUGGUCAUUCAGCAGCAACACCAGCAAUUCCUGGAGAAGCAGAAGCAAUACCAGCAGCAGAUCCAUAUGAACAAACUGCUUUCGAAAUCUAUUGAACAACUGAAGCAACCAGGCAGUCAUCUCGAGGAAGCGGAGGAAGAGCUUCAGGGGGACCAGGCGAUGCAGGAAGACAGAGCGCCCUCUAGUGGCAACAGCACUAGGAGUGACAGCAGUGCUUGUGUGGAUGACACACUGGGACAAGCUGGGGCUGUGAAGGUCAAGGAAGAACCGGUGGACAGUGAUGAAGAUGCUCAGAUCCAGGAAAUGGAAUCUGGGGAGCAGGCUGCUUUUAUGCAACAGCCCUUCCUGGAGCCCCAGCACACACGUGCACUCUCGGUGCGCCAAGCUCAGCUGGCUGCGAUUGGCAUGGACGGAUUAGAGAAACAUCGCCUUGUCUCCAGGGCUCAUUCCUCUCCCACUGCCUCCAUUGUACCUCACCCAGCAAUGGACCGCCCCCUCCUGCCUGGCUCUGCAACUGGAAUUGCCUACGAUCCUCUGAUGCUUAAACACCAGUGCAUUUGUGGCAAUUCCACCACCCACCCUGAGCAUGCUGGACGAAUACAGAGCAUCUGGUCACGGCUGCAAGAAACUGGGCUGCUGAAUAAAUGUGAGCGAAUUCAAGGUCGAAAAGCCAGCCUGGAGGAAAUACAGCUUGUUCAUUCUGAACAUCACUCACUAUUAUAUGGCACCAACCCCCUGGACGGACAGAAGCUGGACCCCAGGACACUUCUAGGUGACUCCUCUCAAAAGUUUUUUUCUUCAUUACCUUGUGGUGGACUUGGGGUGGACAGUGACACCAUUUGGAAUGAGCUGCACUCGUCCGGUGCUGCACGCAUGGCUGUUGGCUGUGUCAUCGAGCUGGCUUCCAAAGUGGCCUCAGGAGAGCUGAAGAAUGGGUUUGCUGUUGUGAGGCCCCCAGGGCAUCACGCUGAAGAAUCCACAGCCAUGGGGUUCUGCUUUUUUAAUUCAGUUGCAAUUACCGCCAAAUACUUGAGAGACCAACUAAAUAUAAGCAAGAUAUUGAUUGUAGAUCUGGAUGUUCACCAUGGAAAUGGUACACAGCAGGCCUUUUAUGCUGACCCCAGCAUCCUGUAUAUUUCACUCCAUCGCUAUGAUGAAGGGAACUUUUUCCCUGGCAGUGGAGCCCCAAAUGAGGUUGGAACAGGCCUUGGAGAAGGAUACAAUAUAAAUAUUGCCUGGACAGGUGGCCUUGAUCCCCCCAUGGGAGAUGUUGAGUACCUUGAAGCAUUCAGGACUGUCGUGAAACCUGUGGCCCAAGAGUUUGAUCCAGAUAUGGUCCUGGUUUCUGCUGGAUUUGACGCAUUAGAAGGCCACGCCCCUCCUCUGGGAGGGUACAAAGUGACAGCUAAAUGCUUUGGUCAUUUGACGAAGCAGUUGAUGACACUGGCUGAUGGACAUGUGGUGUUGGCUCUAGAAGGAGGACAUGAUCUCACAGCCAUCUGCGAUGCCUCAGAAGCCUGUGUAAAUGCCCUUCUAGGAAAUGAGUUGGAGCCGCUCACAGACGAUGUUCUCCACCAGACUCCGAAUACGAAUGCUGUUAUUUCCUUACGGAAGAUCAUUGAAAUUCAAAGCAAGUACUGGAAGUCCGUGAGGACGGUGGCUGUGCCAAGGGGCUGUGCUCUGGCCGGGGCUCAGCUGCAAGAGGAGACAGAGACCGUUUCUGCCCUGGCCUCCCUGACAGUGGAUGUGGAACAGCCCUUUGCUAGAGAAGACGGCAGAACUGCUGGUGAGCCUAUGGAAGAGGAGCCAGCCUUGUGAAGUGCCAAGUCCCCUCCAGCCGCCCCAACCCCGAUAUUUCCUGUAUGUGACAUCAUUGUGUAUCCCCCACCCUACCCCCCCAGCACCCUCAGACAUGUCUUGUCUGCUGCCUGGGUGGCACAGAUUCAAUGGAACAUAAACACUGGGCACAAAAUUCUGAACAGCAGCUUCACUUGUUCUUUGGAUGGACUUGAAAGGGCAUUAAAGAUUCCUUAAAAGUAACCGCUGUGAUUCUAAAGUUACAGUAAACCACGAUUGGAAGAAACUGCUUCCAGCGUGCUUUUAAUAUGCUGGGUGACCCACUCCCAGCCCCAACGUAUGAACUAGAAACACCCAAUACAGCCAUUAGAUACUGUUAAUUACAGAUGCUAUGACAGCCAGCAAAAUUGGGGGCAAAACCUGAGAAAUACUCAUUCCUGACAUUCUGAUCAGUUUUUUUUAUUGGAUAAUUUUUAGUCAAACAGUCUUAAAUUGUUUACAGGAUUUGCUCUCAGCGAUGAACAGAUAGCAAUUCCCGACAGAUCACAGGGGGUUUUUUGUUUUGUUUUGUUUCGUUUUUUGGCCUUUGUUUUAACACAGGGUUCAACUCCUGCUAGUAAAAGUUCAAAAUGGAGGAACCGGGCUGAGGCUUUGUAAUAAACUAUGCUGUAUCUAUCUCAAAGUCCAAUGCCAGAGGAGCCUCACACACUGUAUACCAUGGUGCAGUAUUUUAUGUCACAUUUUUUUGAGGAAAGCUACCCUGUUUCCCUAGCACCCCUCCGUGUUCUCACACCCAGAAAAUGUGCACUGGAUUCACCCCCCCUCACACAGCCCUCGCUCUGAUGACAGUAGCUCUGAGCGUAUGUUCCACAGAGGAUUUUCAGUGUCUUUGAAAAGUGCAUUAACUUUUCAAAGGCGAUCUUAAUUUGCUCCAAAUCUAUCAAGAACUUAUUCUCUUACUUCUAUUUUUCUGCCUUCCAUCACUUCCUUUCUUCUUGCUUUUCAUCCUUCCUUCCUACUUGGAAAAAAAAAAGGAUUAUCCAUAAUCUCCCCAAUUACUCAGGAGCUUUGAGUAUUUCUUUACUUUCCAGGUUAACACAGUUGCUUGGUCUGAUGUGCUCUUUUAGUUGUGAAACCAUUGAGGUGAAUAUGACUUACACAAUGUCACUGAAUUUUUAGAUCUUUGAAAUGUGUUAAUGAAGGCAUUGCCUAUUUGAAGUCAUCCUGAAUUGAGUUAACCUUGAAGUUGUGCCUUCAUGUGAAAAAAGCAACAAGAAUUUAACCUCUACACAUGUUGCCUUAGGGUCAAAGGCUAAAAAUAAAGGACAUUUCUGAGAUUAAAAGCAACUUACUAAAUAUAAGUAGGUUAUCCCCCCACCUCCCAAAAUUCUAUUUCAGUGCAUAACUCAAACACCUAAAGACACUGGUGCAGAAUACCUCGCAGUAUUUAAUAUCUGACAAUGCUUUCAAAGAGUCGAUGUUUCUUUUCAUAUAUUUUCCUAACUCAAAGGAUAUAUUAAAGCCAUAAGAGAAGAUUGUCAUGCUUUUAUUCAGAAAUCUGAAAGAAACCUUAAUUAAAACAAGGUUUUAGGGAAGGCCAUGAUAUGAAAGAUACGGAACAAUAUGGUUUUAGUUAAAGAGGACUCUAACCUGUAAAUCAAAGAUGAAAGAUUUCACUCAAGUAGAAUUAUAUAACUCCCUUUUGUUAUACAGUCAGACCAUAUUUUUCAUGCAUUUGGUUUUUUUAGGAUUACCAUUUUAAUUUUAAAGACUUUUAUUACAUACACAAAAAUGGCUCAAUACUUGGUUUAACAUCUUAGAAAUCUGAGACACCCUUUGAAAUAGCAAAUCUAAAAUGGAAUGUAACUCAGUAUUAGUUAAAAAUUACUUUCAUUGCAUAAGAGUAAGGUCAAUCUAGAUUCACAAUAGUAAUGAAUUUUUUUCAUGAUACUUUUAGAGAAAUUCAUGCCAAUCAUAUUUGCUAACUCUUGCUGUUUUUACUGUAAUUGCUUGAGACUUACUUAAAACCAAAGGCUUAAAAAAAAAGACACCCCCCUUAAAAAGGAAAGUUAUACCAUAUUGUAAUUGGAAACAGAAUUGUGACUUUUGAAAAUCAACUUCAUAAUUACAAAUCUCUAUUAUUACUCUUAGUCCUCCCAGAUAUUUUUUAGAUUUUGAAUAAGAAAAUGAAACAAUAUAAUGCAAAGAUACUAAUUUACUGGUUUCCUACAGUAAUUUUGCUGCAUACUUAUGCACAGCUAUCAGUUUGAUAAAGCCAAGUCACCAGGACAUCUCCAUGGUUAUUUAGAUUUAAAACAUGACGCAUUAAUGAGUUAAUCACACAUCCUUCCAUGUGAUACAGUACCCAGUUGGUCACAGAGUUUUCAGGAUACACAGAGAAGGAGAUAAACUAUGGAAAAGGAUUAAUCACAGCUGAAUGUAGUUUUAAGAACAGAAUGCCAGUGCUUUUUGAUUAUACUGUUACAAGAUGUAUGGUAGCCCUCAGGGACAGAAUGGAGGCUUUUGGAGAAUAUCAGCACUUCUGAGAUACAGCGGUGCUUUUUGAAAGGGUAGUUUCACUUGGUAUAGUUUUCUUCACUUAUACAUUUAGUUUUUAUUGCUCACAAUAGUUUGCAGUAAGAGACUAUUAGAAACACUCCUCUGUAAGCAUUAUCAACAAUUUAUCUCUUCCUGAUACAUGCUUUGAAGGAUAAUCACACUGGCUUUCUCACAAUCUCUUAAUAACUUAUUAAUUAUGAAUAAAAAAUAAAGGUUUUUAAGAAAUCUAUCAGUAAACAAUGCUAGGAGUUCAAUUUAAUAAGAUUUGAUAAUAGGUGCAAAAAGAAAAUUUUCUUAUUUAUAUAGUAUAAUCUAGCAUUGUAUAUUAAAUUGAAAAGCAGACAGUUUUAUUAAAUAAGUAAAAUGGACCUCAAAUGUUAAUAGAAGCUAUUUAGUCACUGCUUAGUAAAUGAGAAUAUUUUGAGAUGAAAUAUUUUUAAAUAUUUUAACAAACUUACAACAUCAGUAGUGGAGACAGAGUCAGCUUUUGAAGAAAACAGAGAUACUUAUGAAAAACUACUAUAAAUCACAUUUUCAUCACAAAUCCUACGAACUGAAAUCAUGCCUUCAGUUUUGACGGUGACCUUUUUCAAACUCUCACCCACCUCUCACUGACAACAUGGUGGAUUUGAAAGCAGGACAUCUCCUCACAGGAAGAUCUCAGAAACUGCAGGGUUCAACAAUUCAGGACUGUUUUAUUUCCAAAGGUCAUUCCUAAAGAUUUUUUAAUUUACUGGGUUUCUUUACAGGCUCCAUAUGGAAGUAAAAUAGAAUGACCAUGUGGAAGUUCUCUUGGGAGAAAAUUUCUCUUCAGUCAGCACUCUUAUACUUAUUUUUUAAACUUAGCAUUGUUUACGACAAUGUAUUUAAAUAUUUUUUACUAUUUAUCUUUUGAAAGUUUACUCAAUUUGUCUCAAUGAAAGUAUUAAAUGCCUAAUAGACAAAACAAACAAACCAAAGGUUUCUGUCUUAAAAGUGAUUCAUUCUGAGCUUGAAAUAAUCACUCUGUCAAGAGUUUGCAUCGUCAUUUCUAGCAGCAUCUAAACAUUCUUUUCCUGCUUGAGAAAUGAAAUCACUUGACUUACUGAGAAAAUU